AUGACCAAAAAUAAGAAAAAUGAAAGAGAAAACGAAAUUUUAGAACCCAAUAUUCAAAUUAGCGUAAGUGAAAAAAGUACCAAAGAAACUAUUGCCAAAGAGAAUUAUUAUCUUAAACAGCUUUCAGAAGAAAUGGAAAGAAUUAUAUAUCAAUUGGUAAAUGAAAACCGUAGGCUACAGGAAGCAUAUGACUUGAUUUCUGCCAACAUAGUAGAGAAGGAAUCCGUUGUAUCUACUUUGGCUAUUGUAACUAAUCAACUAGAACAACUUGAGAAAAGAAAGUCAGAGAAUAUAUCGUACUCACAAAUUUUGAAACAAAGUACUCCUAAAAUCAAUAGCAACAACAAGAACAACAAUGACAUCAAAUCCAUAUUAGUUACUUCCGAAAAUCCUCAACAUUAUAAUGACACCAGAAAAGACCUAGAUAGUAACAUUAAUCUAGCAAGUAUUGAAGUCAAGGUAUAG